AUGUUACUCCACUUGCUAUGCCAUGUCUUUGUCUUCUCUGCUUUUGGUGGUGAGAUUGCGCGCGAAGCACAAAGACAGGACAUCUGCGACGCCACCACAUUGCUGCAAGUGCAUCAGAAGCAGAACCAGUUGAUGAUGAUGAAUGCUGGCCUGGAUGCUGCCGCGGGCUGUCCGGCUGUGCCCGACAUCACAUGUCGCCAGCAGCAUGGACGCAAAGAGCGUGGUCCAGAUCGCCGGAUGAGAGCUAUGUUCGGCAAGAUGCCUGCGACGAGAAUCACACCGGUGAAGUGCAGCGUCUGCCAAACUGCACACGCGCACGGAUACCUGUACUCGGUAGAGCGCUACGACGGCUUGGGACAACGUGCAGCACAUUUGAUAAUGUGUCUUGCCACCGCUAGGAAGUACAAUCUCAACUUCGGCGGCCUCUUGCCAAAUCCAGUGCGUUCAGUACAUGGAGUUGAGUCUCCUGGAAUCUGGAACGGCAUGGAUGCUUGA